CUCCUACCUCGAGUCAUUUCCUAAUUGUGUAAUUGACUUGCUCACAGCCUUUGCGUAUGAAAUCAUUGCCCUCCCCAGGAAUAGGUGCCGGGGACUAAGCCUACAUGGAUUUGCCUGAGGCCUGCCCCUUCUCCUGCACCGUCCCUGACUGACUGACUGCCUCCUGCCUGCUCCUUUUUAUCUUCUCUUUUCUCCUUCCUGGUAAUCUACCCUCCCCUUCUCUGUAAUUCCACCCGCCCCAGAAGCAGACGGGGCGGUGACCUUAAUGCACAGAUAUAUAUAUCACCUAAAAGGAGCCAAGAUGCUUUUCCACCAUCAUCUGUGUCAACUUGCCCAGGAGGCGGACGAAGAGAGGAGCACACUUGACAGCAUACUAUGGCUUCUGUUUGGGUACCAGCGACCUUCACUGCGGUGGUCCUUUUGCUUUCUGGGGGAUGCUAUGCCAGUUCUUCAGGUUCCUGGUGCUACGACAGCCUAAUCUGUGGACCUGACACGUGGUCAUCCCAAGGUCAUUGCAAUGGCAAGAGGCAAUCUCCCAUCGAUAUUGUCACCAGCAGUGUCAGGCAUAACCCCAAACUGGGUGCAGUGACUCUCACCGGCUACAACGACACCAAAAAACUGCUGGAAAUGAAGAACACUGGGAAAACAGUGGACAUAGAACUGGGCGAAGGUCUCCAGCUGAGCGGCCCUGGGCUUCCGGCUACAUACACAGCCAAGGCCUUUCACCUCCACUGGGGAGAUGGAGUCCAUAAACCCGGAUCAGAGCACUACAUAAACGGCGAACGGUACUCUAUGGAGUUACACAUCGUGCACACCAAAAACAACACGAGUGUAUCGGAAGCCUUGAAGGACCCACAGGGCAUUGCUGUGCUAGCAUUCUUUGUCCAGGGCUAUGAGAAGGCACAAGGCAAGACAGCUGAAGCAUGGGAAUCGUUUAAAAAGAAGCUGAAGGAUGUUGAGGAAAAGGGUGAAGAGACAAAAUUCGAUGGCAGCUUCUCUCUCCAGGACUUGCUGGGCCGCCCGGAGCUUGACCGCUAUUACCGGUACCCUGGGUCCCUCACCACCCCCGGGUGUGACGAGGUUGUGCUGUGGACCAUCUUUGCCGACCCCAUUCUGGUGUCGGAAGACGUGGUGCAUGCUUUUCCGAAUGAGCUUCAUUCAACAGACUCCUCCACUGGGCCCCAUAUUGAGAACAACUACCGCCCUCUGCAGAACAUUGGGGACCGGAAAGUGGAAUCGUCUGCCGCUUUGAAGCACAAAUCUGCUGCCUCGAUAGCCUCUCCGCCAGUAGGGCUCCUCCUCUUCAUUUCUGUGGCUACUCUUGCAUCCUUCUUACCUGCAUAAAGGCUGGAGGUGGGUGGGUGGAUGUAGGAACCACAUGGAGGAAGAGUCGACAUGAUCUCCAGAGAGGCC